AUGCAAGGCCUUGUGCAUUACUCGGACGACUCGUCCCCUGAAGCCCAAUCUCGACCGCAAGCCCAAGCAGGCCCAUCCGUAAACAAUGCCAGACCGAUCUCAAAACCUAGCACACCAGCCGGCAUAAUCCUCCACAAAAACUCGCCUGCUCCGAAUCUCCGUCCUACCAAACGUCGGCGUCAGUCUCCAGCCCCGGCCGAUGAGGUAUCGAUCCUCCCGCCCGAUGCCAACUUGACUCAGGUCGCCCAAUCUUCUCUCCCCGACUCCGCGCAAGCCCCAGAUCUAGCACCGGUAGAUGCGAAACCUUCCAUUAUCGACCAAGCGAGGGAGCAGGGACUGGACGAUGAUGAGAUACUCGAUUUGGUACUCCGGCCGGGACCGUUAGAUGGGGAUGAAGAGUGGGGUUUACCGGCGGAGGUAGAUCCGGGUGAUUGCGAUCCGGCUCUUUCUGCAAAAGUGGCACAUUUCUUGAAACUCAAGUAUGAGCAAGGCGAACAUAUCAAUACGCGUCUGCUAUCAUCGUCGACUUUUGCAAACCCGCAUAUCUACUCUCAGCUCGUCGAUUUUGUAUCCAUCGACGAACGCGCCCCCUCCUUCCCUUCCCCAUCCCAAUCAUCAUCCUCCUCCGGCGGCUGGCUCACCCGACAGAAUCUCGAAUCGCUUAUCCCUCAAUACGGCCCCUCCGCCCUAACAUCCCGGCAGAAAGAGCGCGACAAAAAGUCGGAAGAAGCGAAGAAGGCGGGAACGAAGCGGGGGAUCGUGUUUGGCAAGGGGAAAUAUGAAGAUGGUGGGCGAAGGAGGGAGAGGGAGAGGGAGAGGGAUAGGCGGAGGUGA